AUGGCUGACCGUGACGACUAUAAGAGGGAUAGUGACGAUGAGGAUGAGGAAGAGAUCGAUGAGAGCUACUACAAAGCGCAGAAGGAUGCGCUGAUAUUCGCCAUCAAUGUCAGCGAAUCUAUGUUGAAAAGACCUGAGCCCUCAGAUGACAAGAAGGCUAGCACAGAUAGUGCCGUGGUAACAGCACUCAAGUCUGCGCACAAAGUAAUGCAGCAGCGUAUCAUCUCCAACCCAAAGGACCAGAUGGGCAUCAUAUUAUAUGGCACAAAAAAGACAAAAUACAUUGAGCAGGAAGGCACGACUAGCGUCUUAUCUUACCCGCAUUGUUAUGUAUACUUGCCACUAGAUGUGCCUGCGGCAGAAGAUGUCAAGCAGCUUCGGACUCUCGUAGAGGAUCAAGAAGACGAGGACCAUGUUCUCGUUCCAUCGGCCGACGGCGUCCAAGUCAGAGACCUUCUGUUCUGUGCCAAUCAGCUUUUCACGCUCAAAGCGCCCAACUUUGGCUCGCGAAGGCUUUUCAUCAUCACCGACAACGACGACCCCCACCCGGGCGACAAGGAUGCUUCUGAAGGGUCAUUCAACCGUGCCAAAGAUCUCUACGACCUUGGCGUCACGAUCGACGUCUUCCCAAUUACACACGGAGACGACAAAUUCGACCUUACCAAGUUUUAUGACAACAUUGUGCAUUUUGACGCAACCUCGGAAGCCCUCAACCCUACUCGCUUCAGUACUUCGAAGCUUGGAGACCUGGAUUCCUUGCUCAAGAACAUCAACUCCAAACAGACACCAAAAAGGGCAUACUUUUCUAAUAUGAGUUUUGAGAUUGGGCCAGGGCUGACCGUCUCCGUGAACGGCUACAACAUCAUCCAAAAACAGGAGCCUGCAAGAACCUGCUAUAUCUGGCUCGAUGGCGAGAAGGCACAGAUGGUCACCAGUGAGACCACUCGUUUGGCAGACGACGACACAUUCAGGACAGUCGAGAAAGCCGAGAUUAAGAAGGCAUUUAAGUUCGGUGGUGAAUAUGUCUAUUUCACUCCAGAAGAGUUGAAGGACGUCAAACAAUUUGGAGCAAACACCAUUCGGGUUAUUGGGUUCAAAGACCGUUCAAUGCUGAAGUUCUGGAUGUCACUCAAGAAAUCGGUCUUCAUCUACCCGAGCGAAGGAGGCUUUGUUGGCUCCAUUCGCGUCUUCUCCGCGUUAUGGCAGAAGUUGUUGAAGUCCAACAAAAUCGGCAUAGCAUGGCAUGUCUCCCGAAAAAACGCCAACCCGGCCCUAGUGGCUAUCAUACCAUCAAAAGGUCCCGACGAUGAAUCCUCCGGCACACCAUAUCUGCCUGCAGGUCUCUGGCUCUGCCCUAUACCUUAUGCCGACGAUGUUCGUCCUGGGCCCGAGACAAGGCUUGUACGCUCCACCAACCCACUUACCGAUGCAAUGAACACAAUCGUCCGGAAUCUGCAGUUGCCUAAUGCCAACUACAAUCCCAUCAAGUACCCCAAUCCAGCCCUCCAGUGGCACUACAGGAUACUCCAAGCGCUCGCCUUGGAGGAGGAAGUACCAGAGGAGCCGGAGGACAAGACUAUCCCAAAGAUCAAAGCCAUACACAAGCGAGUUGGCGGCUACAUCGAGGAAUGGUCUAGUGUUGCGGAUGAUGAACUGUCUAAAAUCGAGGCGCAGAAGAGCAUCAAACGCGAGCUCGCAGAGGACGAAGAGGACAAUUCACGACCGGUCAAGAAAUCGCGAAAAACGGCCAGCAAGGCGGCUGACGGAGAUAAGAGUUCUUCUCUAAAUGAUGCAACCCUGAAGGUGACGUUCAAGGCAGGCGAUAUUGCCAAGCUAAAAGUCACCGAGUUGAAGGAUAUUCUAGGCGCUCGAGGUCUGGAUACCAAGGGCAAGAAGGCAGACCUGGUGGAAAGGCUUGAGCAAUGGGGCGAAGAGAACCUGUGA